CAAUUAUUACAGGGACAGGAACCUAGACUCAAUCACUAAAGUAUCUUAUACUCUAAUCAACUUGAUGAUUGACUGUAUGAACAGCAGCAGAACCUUUACGUAUACGGACACCUGGGGUUAUUAUGACAAAAGAACCAAUACAAUCAAUGGAAUGUUCGGUGAACUUUUUUACAACCGAGCUGACGUUGGCGGCACGUCGGCCUUUAUGAUUGCGGAACGAGUAGGACUGUACGAAUUCAUUGCAAUGGGUGCGCCAACAAGAGCUAAAUUUAUAUUUCGAGCUCCAACCCUAUCGUUUGUGACGAAUAUUUAUUAUUUGCCGUUUCAAGCAAACGUUUGGUAUAGUUUAGUGGCGCUAGUAAUUGUAAGCUGCGGCUUUAUCUACUUCACCUAUCGCAUAUCAAAUAUGCGCAGUCCACAAACUGAGGAAGUUUUGAGGCCGUCAGAUAUGUUCCUAUUCGGAAUCUCGGCGAUUUGUCAGAUGGGUACGCAUCGAGAGCCAAAAUACGCAUCGGGAAAAAUAUCCACGAUUUUUUUCGUUAUCGCUUUAAUAUUCGUGUACACAUCCUACACAGCCAACAUUGUGUCGCUACUUCAGUCGACAACGAAAAGCAUCAAAACGUUGGAAGAUCUUUACAAUUCGGAUCUGGGUUUCGGAGUUGAGGACACGCCAUACAAUAUAAACUACUUUCAGUUGUCCAAGCCGGGUACAAUUCACAGAGAAAUUUACGAACGGAAAAUUGCUCCACCGAAGCAGCAAUCGAAAUUUAUGAACAUAUCGCACGGCGUUAGUCUCAUGAGAAAUGGUUUUUUCGCGUUUCAUUCCGAAGGCGGUACGGCUUACAAAAUCAUCGAGGACACGUUUUAUGAGCACGAGAAGUGUGGUCUCGUCGAAAUAGACUAUUUGGCUCAGAUUGAUCCGUGGUUUGCGAUUCAGAAACAUUCGCCGUACAAGGAAAUAAUGAAAGUUUUACUAUUUAGGAUUAGAGAGCAUGGAAUCCAAUUUCGUGAGGUGUCCCGCGUUUAUACAAAACGACCGGUUUGUUCGUCGCAUGGCCAAAGCUUUGAGAGUGUACGACUCAUCGACUGUCAGAUAGUAUUGACGAUACUUGCAUACGGAUUCAUAUUUUCCUUCAUCGUUUUUAUUAUCGAAAAAAUCGUCCAUGCUCGAUCGAUUGAGAGUAAACUUUGCCUCUUGUAAUUUUGCUUUGAUAAAAUGUCAAUGUUUAGAAUGAGUAGAAAUAUACGAUUCA